GCAUUAAAGAGAAGGAAAAAGAACAAAAAAACUGCUUCCGCUUCGAUUCCGUUGAGCCUCGCUUCCGAUCUAAACCCUCGCCGCCGCCGGAGGUCGCACGCGAUGGGCGCGCUAGGGUUUCGGCGGCCCCAGCCUCUGCCGCUGCUGCUGCUGGCGCUGCUCGCCGCGGCGACGGCGGUGGAGGCGCGCUUCGUGGUGGAGAAGAACAGCCUGAUGGUCACGUCGCCGACGUCGCUGCGGGGACGACGCGACAGCGCCAUCGGCAACUUUGGCAUCCCGCAGUACGGCGGGAGCAUGGCGGGCGCCGUCGUCUACCCCAAGGACAACGCUAACGCCUGCGACGAUUUCGACGGCAAGCACCCCUUCCGCGCCAAGCCCGGCGCGAUGCCAACCUUCCUCCUCGUCGACCGCGGGGAUUGCCUAUUUGCGAAAAAGGUUUGGAAUGCACAAAAUGCUGGUGCCUCUGCAGUACUUGUAGUUGAUGACAAGGAUGAACCGUUGAUAACAAUGGAUUUACCUCGGGAAGAUGAUGAGGCUGCAAAGUAUAUACAGAAUAUAACCAUUCCAUCUGCACUAAUAGAUAAAAAAUUUGGUGAGCAGCUGAAGAAGGCUGUUAAAGAUGGGGAAAUGGUUAAUGUGAAUCUUGAUUGGAGGGAGGCUGUUCCACAUCCAGAUGAUCGUGUUGAGUAUGAAUUAUGGACGAACAGCAAUGACGAAUGUGGACCUAAAUGUGAUAUGCUGAUGAAUUUUCUGAAGGAAUUUAAAGGAGCUGCUCAACUACUUGAGAAAGGCGGCUAUAGCCAGUUCACACCCCAUUAUAUUACUUGGUACUGCCCUCAAGCAUUUGUGAUCAGUAAACAAUGCAAGUCCCAAUGCAUAAACCAUGGGAGAUACUGCGCACCUGAUCCAGAACAAGAUUUUAGCACAGGCUAUGAAGGAAAGGAUGUGGUGGUAGAGAACCUCAGACAGUUAUGCGUGUAUAAAGUUGCAAAUGAACAUAAGAAACCAUGGGUCUGGUGGGAUUAUGUCACUGAUUUUCACAUAAGGUGCCCAAUGAAGGAGAAGAAAUACAACAAAAGAUGUGCUGAAAUUGUCAUCAAAUCACUAGGUCUGGAUGUGAAGAAGGUUGAUAAGUGCAUGGGAGACCCAAAUGCUGAUUCUGACCACCCAUUGCUUAAAAUGGAGCAAGAUGCUCAGAUUGGGAAAGGUUCAAGAGGAGAUGUUACUAUAUUGCCUACUCUUGUUGUGAACAACCGGCAAUAUCGAGGGAAGCUUGAGAGGAAAGCUGUCCUCAAAGCUAUUUGUGCUGGUUUUGAGGAAACUACUGAACCAAAUGUUUGCCUGAGUGAUGAUAUAGAAACUAAUGAGUGUCUGAACGACAAUGGGGGUUGCUGGCAAGACAAGGCUGCUAAUGUAACAGCCUGCAGGGACACCUUCCGUGGCAGAGUGUGUGAAUGCCCCACGUUCAAUGGUGUACAGUUCAAAGGCGAUGGCUACAGCAAUUGUGAACCUGCUGGACCAGGAAAAUGCUUGAUAAACCAUGGAGGGUGUUGGCAUGAAACUCGCAAUGGAAAAACAUUCUCUGCUUGUCAGGAAUCUGGAGAUGGGAAAUGCCGGUGUCCAGCUGGUUUCCGAGGGGACGGUGUUAAAAAAUGUGAAGGCAUUGAUGAGUGCAAGGAGCGAAAAGCUUGUCAGUGUCCUGAAUGCAACUGCAGAGAUACAUGGGGUGGCUAUGACUGUACUUGCAGUGGUGACCUUUUAUACAUCAAAGAGCAUGACACAUGCAUAAGCAAGACAGCAGUUCAGGCUAAAGCAGCAUGGGCUGCAGUAUGGAGUAUCUUGAUAGUAAUCGUUGUUGUCGCAGCGGGAAGUUACAUUGUAUACAAAUACAGACUAAGGUCAUACAUGGACUCUGAGAUUAGAGCUAUCAUGGCACAAUAUAUGCCACUGGACAAUCAAGGAGAGGUUCCAAAUCAUACACACGAAGAAGAUCGUUCAUAAAAUAUCUGCUUUACAUGCACACACCGUUACAAUGUAGGCCCAUAUGACCAAAGUGACAGCAAGGUGGAAAUGCGAUGUUUGAGCAGUGACGACGUAUACAAACUGAUCUUGCAGGUGAUAAUGGUUUGACUUGGAGCGGAUGUUGAUAUUAUUCGCCUGCUAAUUUAUUGAGAGCAGUUUCAUCUUGUAUAUCAUUGAAAGCUCCAUUUGUGCGAGUGUACAUCAGUAGGUUUUUGUUGUGCAGUCCAAUAUUCAUAGAUUUUUAGCCUAUGAAUGUGUGUUUUCUUGUUGCUGAUCCAUGUAAUAGUAGCUUUCGAGUUUCCACUCAAUGGCGCACGGGAAGACUCUUUGGACAACCAUGUUUAUUGGAUAUAACAUUAGAUGAGUCCUCUUGUAACACUGGGAUUAAAUAAUGGCCAUCGAUAUCCUGUGAAUAGGGGAAACUUUCCGGUUUGCAAGAAGUUUCUUGGAA